AUGACUGUGGACAACACUGUCAACACUUUGUCGGCGACCCCCAGUGACAGCCAGGUUGCUGAUACGGCCUCCACCGGUCCCGAUGCCGAGGGCCCACCCCCUUUGACCUUUGCAGAGUGGUCGCGGCUCAACCCCAACACCCCUAUCACGGUUCCUGCCCCUCCUGACGUCAGUGUCAGCGCCUCCACCUACCGCAAUGACCUCUACGACUACCAUCGUGACGUCCUCCAGCAUGGCCGCGACUCGUACGGCCAGCGAUUCGUGGACACGAGUCCCGAGUCGAAGCCCACUCCGCUGCCAGAGCAUCGCGAGUACAAGGUGAUCGAAGGCAAGCUCACUCAAAUUCGCCGGGAGGACUCUUUCAAGAUUGGUAUCGAAGGCAGCGGCUGGGAGGAGCCCCCCUAUACUUGCCUCGUCAAUACUGAUCCCGCUGUUCCUCCUUACAACAGGUUGGUGAACGCCACCAUUGACUUCUGGCACUCGAGGGCCCCUAUUUUCCAGUUUGGCCCCAAAGUCUCUGCUUCGGCCUUUUCCACGGUUCGCGGCAUCUUCGACCUCCAGAGGAGGCAUUCCGUCCAGCAUUGGCCGGGCAGCGGCCCCGAUGCCGAAUUCUACGAACCAUCUACCAACGAGAAGCGGACGUCUUCCGGUGCCGACUUCGACGCUUGGAAUGCGAACCCCGGCAAGCAUGAGUCGUGCCCUCUCCUUCGCUACACCGACCGCUCCGUUCGUGGUCUCCUGGCUAUUGCUCGUCGCGAGGCUGGCGCAGUCCGUCGCCAGAUAUUUGCUGCCUUCCUCUCUUCCCUCGACCACUACGAGGUGCUGAACGAGCCUCACCUCGCGCCCAAGUUUCACCGCGCAGCCAAGUUGGCUCGCUCUGCCCCACAGGCGAUCAAGAAUGCUUUCACAGUCGAAGAGUUAAUCGAGGCCCGUAAGGGUCUCAACUAUUCCAGCUGGGUUCGCUACGGGGGCUCCUACCGCAAUAGGCCUCUGGGCCAGCCUGUGGGGCCCGUUAGCUCUGAAGGUGGUGGUGCCAACACCGAGGGGGAUGACGGCGGCUGGAGUGUUGCCCGUGACAAGGAUGGCGCCGUCGUCUUUGAUUACGCCGACAUUCGCCCCAUCUUGAACGUGUCGCCUGCGGAUGCUGAGAAGGAGCUCAAGAAUCUGUUCAAGCCAUUCUACCCCGCGAAGGCGAUGCUAAACAACUACAUUGCCUUCGGUCGCCGUCGUGUGGUCGCCGUCUUUUCCCCCGAGAAGUCGUCUCCAGACCGUCCCGACUUCAAGACUACUCACCACCGUUUGCGCACCGUCCCCGCUCCCUUCACUGAGCAGGAGCAGUGGCGUUCCCGCCGCGACCCGACGCUGGAGACCGAUAUCGAGAAGGUGGCAGACUUUGACGAGCCCGAAGAGGAGAUGCCUCUCGAGCUCGAGCAGGACACUGUGGAGACGCCUGAGGAGAUUGACAUCUGGGUCGACCUCUCCACUCUCAACCACGAGAACUACGAUUGGAUCAUCGGCAUGGGCAUCCGUGGUCGCUGGGCCGAGAUCAAGAUCAAUGACAACGAGACUUUCUGGAUUGCUAAGAUGAAGGAUUAUGUCCUUCCCAACUUCUGGCAAGCUACUGAAGCCGAGCUCGCCGAGGAACAGAGCGGCCCUCCGUCGCCAUACACGGAUGAGUUCCUGGGCGAUCUCUGCACCAAGUUCUCGCCGCCCAAGUUCACAAUUCGCAACUCUCCCAAGCAAACCCCCGAAAAGACCGCCACUGAGCUGGCCGAUGCUGAGAACGCCGCCCAGGCGAUGUGA